AUGGAGUGGCGGAAAUCUGAGGCCCUGGGGUUCUCUGUUCCACAGGAGAUCACUGGGGGCACAGGGUGCAAGCCACACUCCCGCCCCUACUUGGCCUACCUGGAAAUUAUCACCCACCAGGGUAAGCUGGUGGCAUGUGGUGGUUUCCCGGUGAGAAGGGACUUCGUGCUGACGGCUGCUCCAUGUACAGGAAGGUCUAUAAUGGUCACCCUGGGAAUUCAUAACAUAAAAAAGAAAGAAGACACAUGGCAGAAGCUUGAGGUCAUAAAGCAGUUCCCUCACUCAAAUUAUAACGACUCUAUUGCUCACCAUGACAUCAUGUUACUGAAGCCGGGGGAGAAAGCCAACCUGACUGCCGUGGGGAUGCUCCCCCUUCCACCCCAAUUCAGCUUCCUCCCACCCGGGGCAGUGUGCCUGUGCCUGUGCCGGGCGGCUGGCUGGGGAGGAACCCGAGCAGAGGGAUGGGGCUGCAACACGCCGCGAGGGGUGAAGCUGAGAGUCCUGGAGCCCCGGGCCUGCAGACUCUUCACUACUUUUGACCACGGCCUCCAGUUGUGUGUGGGCAGACCCCGGAAGACAAAAUCUGCAUUUAAGGGAGACUCAGGGGGCCCUCUUCUGUGUGCUGUGGCCCAGGGCAUUGUCUCCUAUGGACGGUCACAUGCAAAGCCCCCUGCUGUCUUCACCCGGAUCUCCCAUCACCAGCCCUGGAUCAAUGAGGUCCUGAAGGAGGAUUAACCUGGAGCCUGGGCCAGCCUGAGGGGAAAUCUGGAGCUGGAUCCGAUCAUGCUGUCUGUGCCACUCACUCUUGGUGGUCUGCCUCUGGUUCCUGUGGAAGUCCUGCCACACCCCUAAGCCUCAAGAAUGUUCCUCCAGAUCACAGAAUUCCCAGUCUCCAUAAAGACCCAGUUUCCAGA